CAUCGGCUUCUCAUGAAGUAAAAACAAUAAUAUUCAAUAGGGAGAAACUAAAAUUACUUAAAAAUGAUUGGAGUAAGAUUAAACACAUUCAAUGAUAACUCAGGGGAACCAGAACAGGAUGCAAAUUCAGCAUUAACCGAACUAGACAAGGGUCUCAGAUCCGGUAAAGUUGGAGAACAGUGUGAAGCUAUCGUUAGAUUCCCGAGGCUAUUUGAAAAAUAUCCGUUUCCGAUACUAAUAAAUUCUUCGUUUCUUAAAUUGGCCGAUGUUUUCCGUAUGGGGAACAAUUUUCUACGUUUGUGGGUAUUACGAGUGUGUCAGCAGAGCGAGAAGCACUUGGACAAGAUUUUGAACGUUGACGAGUUUUUAAGAAGAGUGUACAGCGUCUUACAUUCUAACGACCCCGUGGCAAGGGCCCUAACGCUACGGACUCUCGGUGCGGUCGCCGGGAUAAUACCAGAGAGGCAGAAUGUCCACCACGCUAUACGACGAGGCUUAGAAAGCCACGACAAUGUUGAAGUCGACGCUGCUAUUUAUGCUACCACUAGAUUUGCGGCACAUUCAAAUUCAUUUGCAAUGGCAAUGUGCAACAAGCUGUCAGACAUGGUGGAAUGUGAGAGCACCGGAGCUGAACGCCGAGCCAAACUUGUCAGAGCUUUGAGAACUGUUCAUGGAGGGGCUGUCCGAGCCCAAGGUGUUCUAAAGCUGUUGAGGUCACUCUUAGAAAAAUUUCCUUCUUCAAGUUCAGUUCGAGCGGCUAUCACCGCUCUCACUGCUAUCGCUGCUGACACAGUUGUCCAUGUUCCUGAUCAGGUGGAACUGCUACUAAGUCUAGCCAGAAACGAUGCUCGUUCAGCAGUCCGUCGAGCGGCUUUACUCGGCCUCAAGAAGUUAGCGGAACACGCAGCUCUAUGGCCAGCAGACUGCAUAGAGAACUUAGUUCACGCAGCCACUGAUGCAAAGGACCCUGAACAUAUCAUGCUUUGUUUACAAGUUAUGCAGAUGCUGGUGCGCUGCCCGGCGGUGUGCGCGGCGGCCGGCGAGCGCGCGGGCUCGCCCAGCGCCCUGCGCGCCUUCUGCAGCGACGCGGCGCUCAGCGUCGACCUCGACCAGGCCGCCAUCGCGGCCGAUGUGCACUCGAGGAUCGUCGUGCAUUGUUACGAGGAGAGUCUCCCGGUAGAGGGAGCCAAUCUGAUGCUGGCGCUUGAAUCUAUUGUGAUUGCGACCGGCAUACCGAAUGGAUAUAACAACAUCAAGCCUCUGCGUAUAGCUUUGAGAUGCUUGGUGAUGCUGAGCACCGCCGAGCCGGCGCUGUACGCGCAGCGCACGGCGGCCGUGCUGGGCGCUCAGCUCGACACGAGUGGCGCUCGCCUGCGCGCCUUGCUGGAGGCGCUGGCGGCGCUCGGGGCGCUCGGGGCGCCCGCGCUGCCGCACUUGCUGCCCGCGCUGCAACAAGCCAGGUACGUAGUGGACGUCACUGACCCAUCAUACGACGGUACCACCCUCGUCCUUAUCUGCACAGUGCUACUACAAGAGCGGGCAGGAGCGGCUCUCACUCACAGGAUCAACAAAUCCUGGGAAUUGAAGAUUAAGGAUGCCAUCCAGGGUGCCGAUGGAUGGACGAGAUACAGAGUAGCCAGGGCGGCUUUGAGGUAUGGGCAUCAGAGUUUGGCUGCCGAUGUUCUGAAGCGUCUCUCCGAAGAGGCUCCGAGUGAGUCAGCCCAGCGGUGGCUAACGGCCCUAUAUCGUGCUGCGAAUGCUGAUGCAAAACUAAUGGAAGAAGGCAUAUCGGGGUUGGAAGCGGCGAGCGCCGGCUGGGAGACGUUCGGCGACGGCGGGGUGACGCCGGGCGGCGCCUGCGUGGGCUGCGGCGGCUGCGGCGCGUGCACGGCGCUGGCGCCCGCCUGGGCCGCGGCGCGGGCGCACGCGCUGGCCGCGCUCGCGCGCACCGCCGCCGCCGCGCGCGCGCUCUGCACGCAGCCGCCGCCCGCCAUCGCGCUCGCGCACGCGCAGGCGGCGCGCGACCCGGCCGCCAAGGCCGGCGCGUGCGCGGGCGCUCUCCGCGGGUGCUCUAAAGCGCUGUCAGCGGUAUCUCAGCGCUACGCAGCGCUCGCCCGCACCGCCUUCCACGCACACGACUCCACGCUGCGACAUUUACACAUAUCGCAACACACAUACGCACAAAUGGCACAAUUUCUGGACAGGAUAACCUCAAGCCAACAGGAACGACCUGAGCCACCAAAGGAAAUAAAAGCGACAAGUUUAGAAGAGACCAUUAUGUUGGUGCCCUCUGUUGCUCUCGCUAAGAUCUCGACUAAGCUCUUUGAUAAUCCCACCACAAGUCCUGGAAUUACUCAUAGGCACGCGGAGGCGGUGCUGGCGGCGGUGCGUGCGCUGUGCGCCGGCGCGUGCUGGCCGCGCGACGUGUGCAGCGGCGGCGGCGCGGGCGCGCUGUGCCGCGUGGCGCUGUCGCCCGCGCACCGCGCGCCGCCCGCCGAGCACGCGGCCACGCUGCCGCUGGCGCACCGCCUCGCGCUCAAGCUGGAGGGCGUCAUCCUGCCGCCGCCCACCGGGAAAAGAAAACCAACACGUCAGGUUAAGGGAGUGCAAAUCACCGUCACGGCGACGCCCCACCCGCGUACUAACGAAAAGACCGUCGAGCUGACGAACAUCCCGCCUGUACUGACCGCCGUGCAGACCGUUACUCCUGUACGUGAUUUCUUCUCCGCGCAGCAGUUGGUCAGCGUGAACACGCCCGGACUGUACACGGUGGCAGUGGAGGCAGCCUUCGUGGAUGAAAGAGGGGAACUCUGGCAGACGGGACCAAGGAAUGCCAUCGUUAUUAAAGCUCACGAAGAUCCGACCACCAAAGGCAAUACGCAAACAACAAGAGGACGAUUUUAACUAAGAAAUACUUUAUUUUGUUAUGUUAAUUAAUUACGUAUUUGAUAUAUUAAAUAAUUGUAUA